AACUCCGUCGCUUUCAGCACUCCGGGUGGCAAUUCUAUUUCUGCCUGUGAGCUGACGUGCAUCCUAAUUGGUGCCCUGGCCAGACCCGUCGUCCCCGCCGGGCAGAGCAUGAAGGAGGGUCGCUGGGACAGGAAGCUCUACAGCGGCACGGAGCUCUACGGCAAGACCCUGGCCGUCCUGGGCCUGGGCCGCAUCGGACGCGAGGUGGCCAUCCGCAUGAAGACGUGGGGCAUGAAGAUAAUUGGCUACGAUCCCAUCACCACGGAGGCGGAGGCCAAGGCUGUGGGGAUUCAGAAGCUCUCCCUGGAGGAGAUCUGGCCACUAGCCGACUAUAUAACGGUGCACACGCCUCUGAUUCCAGCCACCAGAAAUCUCAUCUCCACGGAGACUCUGGCCAAGUGCAAGAAGGGCGUCAAGGUCGUGAACGUGGCUCGGGGCGGCAUCAUAGAUGAGCAGGCCAUCAUCGACGCCCUUGAGAGUGGCCAAGUGGCCGGGGCCGCCUUCGACGUGUAUCCCGAGGAGCCGCCCAAGUCUGCGGUCACCAAGGCACUCAUCAGUCACCCGAAGGUGGUCGCCACGCCCCAUUUGGGAGCCAGCACAGCGGAGGCGCAAGUGCGUGUUGCCGUCGAGGUGGCAGAGCAGUUCAUCGCCCUCAAUGGCACAUCACCGAAGUACACGAGCACCGCGGGCGUUAUCAACAAGGAGGCCCUCGCCCAUUAUCAGUAGAGCGCGGACGGCCCCAAGGAGAAAUUCGAAUUAAUGCAUUCUCACAACAUUACAACGUUCUCUUGCCAGUUUUAUGAAGAGGAUUGGCAGCACUCAUUGUAAAUACAAAACAGGAAUAUGAAUAAACAUAGCAGAACUCUUAUUUCACCGCAAA